CCCUCGCCACCCCGGCCGCCCCCUGCUCCCUGUGUCCCGUCGCCACCCCCGGCUCCCCGUGUCUCCCCAAGAAAUGUCCCAACAGCCAAACACUACCACACACCAAUAGUGGGUCAUAAAUUCGAGAAGGGUUAUUUUUCUAAACAUAGAAAUAUCCUCCUCAUUCUGCCGUAAGUAGAUUUUGCGUACCAGAACAAGGAUGUAUGGUCCCCUCCUUAAUUUGUAAAACAAACUACAGGUUUCAAAGUACAUGGCCUCUUUCUUCUACUCCUGUUCCUACCUGACAAAAUAUUUUCCAUGACUUUAAAAUGACAGCCGCUGUGCAAACAGCAAGUGUGUUGUCUUUCACCGGCACGGAGCCUUUACAAAACCGUGUUUAUCUGCCGUGUAAUCCAUUUGCUCUGUCACCUAUGCUUUCAAUUUAGGGAAGUGGAACUAUUUUCCUACGACCACUCCUCGGCAUUUCUCCACUCACAAAUACAUUUUGAUUAUAAUGUGUGUAGACGUUGCUUAGCAAUCCCGAAUGAGCGGGCACUCGCUGAAAAUUUUUGAAUCGUUAUAAUUUUGCACAUGAGCGGAACGACCUGAUAAGAGUAGCGCUGAGAGAUUUUUCAACUGAGAUUCAUUUAGCCGAGACAAAUGGAAUACCAAAGAAAGAAAGGUGGUCCCAUUUUCCAGAGUCAAGUAAAUUUCCUCAGUCAUGGAUAGAAGAGUAAAAAAUGAGGCUUAUAUUUUGGGAGGACGCUAAUACAAACAAGAGGUUAAUGAGGUUGUAGUAUUAUGAAUGGUUUAUCAUAAAGUAUCAUCUGAAGAACAAGAAGUGUCUCUUGCUAGCCCACUUUUAAAUCAAUAUUCCCCACACAGGGGAACACAUUCUAAUAGUUUUGAUGACCCAUUCAAAUGACUGUUAUGUAAGAUGUUUAGGUAUUUGCAGUGUUUGGGUGCCCUGGGGAAGAAGGCUCAGUAGCUGAUUUGUGGAAGCGGAUCGUCAUGCAAUUACUCCAGAGAACGCCAAAUAGCAGCGCAGCCAGAACGGUGUCCAGACUUAUUUUUAUCACACAGUGUCUGCACACGAAGAGCUGGGACAGGAUGUGUUCCGGAGUCUUCUGUCAAAUUGGCCAGCGACGCCGGAGGGGGGCGCGCCCUCCCGACCAAUCGGUUAAGGCGCUCGCAAGUGGUCAGAUGGGUUUUGGAACGAGCUUUAACCGCGAGGCUGUUUCGCCAUAUUUGGUUUUUUUUCAAUGCCGCGUCUUCGAGUUUCAUAACUUGCUUUUGGAUGAUCUGGCACAUGUUUGCAACAUUUCUUAUGGAGAGUGAUGCCCAGAAAAGUCCCAAACACAUCAGAAUAAGAUAUUGCCUGCAGAGACCCUGCUCUCUGCUGAUACUGACAACCCCACAUAAUUCUUAUCGGGGUUUAUUUUUGUAUUUUUUUUGUUGCCGAUUAUAACCAACCGAAACAUUUUUGGGUUGUAUGUCGAGCGUUUAGGACAGGGGUCGGGAACCUAUAGCUCUUCCGGUGACGGCAUAUGGCUCCCAGACAAUUUUGCGUUGAAAAAAAAAAAUCUCCGCCCGCCCCCCUGUAAUUUUCUAUUUCGCGCCAGAAGUAAUUUAAGGUCCUUUUCUUAAAGACGUCUUUGUUCUUUUAUUAAACUAAACGUCUGUUAUUGAUCGUAUCUACACAACAGCAUGUCAUUUCUGUCUCUACGUGUUGCGUUAACACUUCCCGGCACUGCAGAGCUCCGAUGCCGGCGUGUGCACGCGCAUCGGGGCGGAGCAAAACAUAGUCUCCCCCCCCCCCCCCCCCCGUAGCAUCAUGCAGCACCAUAAGUCGCAUUAAAAGCAAGACAUAUUUAAUUUAUUAUACGUUAAAAAUACUAUAUGGCUCUCAAUGAAAUAUAUUUCGAAAUACUUGGCUUUUAUGGCUCUCCCAGGCAAAAAGGUUCCUGACACCUGGUUCAGGAGAACUACAUGAAAAUGCUAAUGUAUUGUGUUUGUCUCCUAAGGGGCACUGUAGAAAACAGGGUGGCCAGCUUCAUUAAAAGCUAUCUGCUCUGUAUGUCCAUGUAAACAACUCAUUGUAAGUAAAACAAAUUAAACACAAUUAUUACAGGCAGCUGAUACCCAAAAGAAUGCCUAUGUAUUCAUAUUCAAUAUGUUUGACUAUCAUACACAUUGCUCAUGGAAGGUUUUUGAUUAUAUUAGAUUAUACUUGUAUAUUUCUAAAAAGAAAAUGUGCUGCUGCGUCAAUAAUUUUUUUAAAUACAAAUAUAAAAUAAAAUAACAGGACAGACUACAUUUAAGAAUUUAAAUAAGGGAAAGAAAAAUGUUAAAAAUUAAGGUGUAUACCCUUGACCCCCCUGUAGGACACCAAUGGAAAUUCUCAGACGGUCUACAAGUUGCAUUACAAUCUUCGAGAAUAGACAUUAUAACUGACAAAAAGAUUCAAUGUAUUCAUGUCUGUUUUAUGAUUAUCUGAACUCCAGAAAGAUAUUUUUAAAAAUUGUUUCCCCAAUUUUGUUUCACCUGCAUUCUGCAUGAUUGAGUGGUUUCUAACUUAAUUCAGGUCGUGAUUUAUGUUAGCUAAAGGUUAAGACGGGCGUACCAGGAAGUGAUGCUCACACCUAAAUAUGUGCAUCUCUAGCCAGUCGUGGGAGUGCUGAAUGUGGAUGGGAAUGUUCCGUUUUCUGUGCCUUCCGCCUGGCAACCCUGUUCAAACUAUUCCCAAAAUCCUUUUUUUGCUCAGCGCCUUCUGGAUUAGCAGAAUAUAGUCCAGCCACCCCAGGCCAUCUGACUUUAGGAGUACGAUUGACCACAACAUGUAAACAUUGACAUUGCAUGUCUCUGUGAGAUGCUACCAUACAGGCUUGUUGACAGAGAGGCCUCUCAGUUCAAGUGUCUCCGGGGAGGCUUUAUGUGGAACGUGUCUUUGGGUAGCAUGGGAAAGGCCAGCUCAGUCUGGGAAAGGAAGCAGCCUGUCCAUUGCUGUUGCACAAUCCAAUUAACCCUGAGUCGCAUCGAUAAGAGAACCGGACUGGAUGACCAACGGGUUUUUUUUUUUAACCAGCCCGUGCGUCCGUUAGCUGGCUGGUGAAACACAUUUGAAGCAUCUUCAGCACGGCUUCUAAUCAAAUCUCUUUGCCUGGGGAAAAGGAAACUAUUUUUGCUUCAAACGGCACCGUAAAAGCCGGGGUAUGUGCUCACAGAGCGUCUCUUUCUCUUUGCUUCAUCAGUUUGGGUUUUUAGGAUUUUAAACCUGCUUUUAUAAUGGAUACAAUCACUGAUGCUCUGGUUUUAUUGAGGUACAUAUUAUACAACUGAGUAAAUGUAUAUAAUUAAUACAUUUUUCAUCCAUUUUGUUUUUUUAAUAUGGACCUGUAACUAACAUGCACAUUUGAGAAUUCACGGCAUUUACAGUGCACAUUUGCUUCAGACGAACACAUCACACGUGUAUGUAAAAAUAUAAAAUCUUUAUCUUACUGCAUUCCCAUGUAACAUCUGUUUUCAGUGCCUGCCUCCUGCAAGAUAAGUUAAUUAAUUUGUGGGUGGGUCCAGAAAGCCGAUGGCCACCAUGUCUGUUUCAUACAGGAUUUAUUUUUGUCUGUUGAUUUCAUUUUUAUGCUGGACUUUUAACCAUGUUCAGCAUUCUGCAUGGUAAAAAUGGUGUUGUCUGUUUACUUGUUGGCACUUACCUUCAUCUGGACAGGAAUGGCCUCGAAGUUCGUCGUCUCGCCGUGUGACCCGCACUUGUUCGACAGCGGCGUCAACGACUGCCUGUCAGACUUCAACAGGAGCAUGGAGUCCAGUGGCUAUCGGGAGAGUUGCCCAUGGCCGACUGCUAAAGGCAACUACAACGAACUGAAGACGUGCGUGGACGACUGGGCGAACGCGACUCUCUGUCGGGGUCACGGCUCUCUGAAAGACGACAUCUUCUUGGCGGUUCACAAGACGUACUUCAAACGAUGCGAAAAGUUCCGAGAUCCCUCGCCGACCACUCUCGCUGCGUUGAUAGCGCCCGUUGUUGUUGUCACGCUCUUCCUGCCGAUCGUCUGCGCUCACCUCGCCACCCGGAACGCAUACUGGCUCGACUCUCCGGGGCUCUGAUGUGCUGAGAUUACGACGGGAGGGAAAGAGGAAGUCAGGUGACGCAGUAGAGGUCGAGUCCAACGGAUACAGGACUAGGGUGGUAGCGUGAUAUGGAGCUACACGAUUGAUUGAUUGAUGGAUGUCAUGAAAUGAUUGGUUGAAACUGGUUGGUACUGGUUAAAACCGGGAUAUACCUUACUUUAGCAAACGUCAUACUUUGUUUUUCAGUAUUUAACGAUGAUUUUUUAGUCUCCCGAAGAAUCAUGAAGAUUUAAAGAAACUGUAUGAACUGUAUUCCGGAUUGUGUUUUGCUUUGUGUCCUACGUACUUUUUGUGGUGGAGGAACUAGCUAGCCAGCUGAACCCCUUAUUGCUGAAGUAGUUAAACUAAAAUAACAAGUAAAGGGGAUCCUACGCUACAAAAACGUGCGCAAAAAAUAUUUUUAAUGUUUUUUUUAACUCCAUCUCACUUAGACACACUUAGUUUAACCUUGAACUUUUCAUAUACCUAACCAAGUAGUUGUGUUUGAAUUCACAGUAUUCAUAUAUUUAAAUAUUAAUAUAUAUUAAUACCCUGUAUUGAAGUCUUUCUACCGCUGUAGUUACCGAGGUUGUGAUCAGACCUCCACUCGAUGAGUUGGAAGUGAGCGUGUGACGGAACUUUCGCUCUCACCACCUGCCGAGGAGAGAAAAUCGUGACCCGUGGACUACGGCAAAACAAACCACGGGCCAUAACAUAUGCGUUUGUACAUAAACCCUAAUUUGAACAAUGGUUAGUUGGAAACAUAUGAUUCAUGUAGAACUAAAAGUUCAACUGUUUCAAAUGUAAUCUUCACAAAAUCGUUGUAAGUGCAAAGUUGGCACGACCCACAAUUAUGAAAGUAUUGCGUUUUCCAUUCAAGUCUUAGAUACCAACAUAAUACCACUCCACUAUACAUUCUAUCUAUACACUCUUAAAAACAAUUACAAAUUUAUAAAUUUAUAGUCUAUCACAUAUAGACAAUAGUAGAUAGAAUAUAUUCAUUGUGUUCUUUCUUUUCUCUUUUUUCCUCCUAAAGAAAUAAGAAAUGUGCACCCCAUGGCUGAUAUUUCUUGUUUCCUUUUUUUCUCCUCAAUAUUUUAAAUGAUCUAUACCUCUUAAUGGAUGGCUGUGCCAUUUGUAUAUUUUCAGGUGAUUAUAUAUGAAUGAAAACAGUUAUGGAUACUUUUAUUCCAAUAGUCAUACACACACAUAUAACAUACAUUUGGUAGAGCUUCAUACUUGACUGUAUAAAUACUUGUAGCUGUGAAUGAACUUUCUGGAACUCAUUAUUAUGUCAUAUAUGAUGAACUCCGCCCAUCUGACACCGAGUGAGUUGAGGAAAAUAAAACCUUAAUGUUUGACAACUUUA